UAUAUUUCAAUUAUGAAUCUCAAAUAUUAGUUUCUCAUACAUUUAACUAAUUCAUCAUGUCUAAUCAAGUUCCUCAUGUGUUAUUUAUUCUCUUUAGUGAAUUUCUGGUCUAAAAUACUCAAGUCUGUCACAAAUUUGAGUCAUUCACUGUGUCCUGUUGAAUUGUGAUCUAAAAUAUUCAUCAGUCAUUUCUUUAUUUGACGAGUUAAUGACUGGAUUGUGUUGGAGUGGCGUCUCGUGGGUCUUCAUGUCAGGAUGUACCUCAAGCCUCACUUCAUUACUGAGUGACAAGGCUGUGUUUAAACUUGUGUUCUCUUGAAAGUGUUUGUGUGUUUAAAGUUGUGUUUUAAUUAUAACACUUAAAAUUUUCGUCUUUGUUGGUUGAAAAGUUUGUAUUUUAAGACCUAUCGCUUGUGUUUAUCCUAAUGUUCAAAUUCUUCCUUCAUGAUUGACAAGUUUGUGUUGAAAAUUUGUCUUUUGUUCAUUUCGGUCUGCAAUGUUUUCUUUAUUACCGGUUGAAGAAGAAUUGUGUCACUUUUAUUUCAUUAUUCAAAUCUAUUAUUAGUUAGAAUUUGUACCUAUAAUAAUUACUUACUCAUGUUCAUUUCAAUACUCAAACUUUUCUUCAUUACUGACUGAGAAGAAUUGUGUUUAAAAUUGUGUUAACUUUCACUAUUCAAAUCUCUCAUUAGUUAGAAUUUGUACCUAUAACAAUUACUUACUCAUAUUUAUUUCAAACUUUUCUUCAUUACUGAUUGAAAAAGAAAUGUGUUUAAAACUGCCUUUCCUACAUUUCAAUAUUCAAAUCGUUACUUUAAUACGAACUAAAAUCUUUCUAUCUUGAGUCACACGUAUUUGGCCUUAAGUAUUCCUAUUUAUACCAAUACCCUUCCUUUAUCCUGCUUUGUUUAGUGUACCUUUGAAAGUGAGAGAGCAGGUGAACUGGCUGUCGUUGAGUUGUGAAGUGUUUGUGAAGUGCUAAGUGCUUGUUAAGUAAGUGUCUGAACAGAGCUGGCGAUGCAAGUGUGGGAAGUGAAUGAAGAAGUGUACCAGCGGUUGAUAAAAGGGGGAAGAAAAUAUAUGGAGUGUUUUCAGUUUGUCUAUGCGUGAGAAAGGUGCGACAAAGACUGGAGAAAGGAAAGAAGGAAAGAAGGAGAAGUAUAACAAAGACUGGAAAAGAAAGAAAGAAAGAAAGAAAGAAAGAGAAGAAGGUUAAUUUUGAGUUUGUCUAUAUAUAUCUUCAUUCUGAACUGUGAUUCGAAGGUGUGGCAGUGCUUGGUGAAGGGAAAGAGGACAUGACGCCUAUGAGUUUGUCUGUUUGUCUGUUCGUGUUCAUUCUUCCUGCGUGUGAAAGAUUUUGGAAUUGGAGGUGUGACACUGGCUGAGAGAGAAAGGUUUAUUUGUGGUUCUUGUUGUUAAAGAUUGAUGGAAUAGACAUAUGCAAGGAAGAAAAUGUUGUUAUUGGUUCAUAUUUAUUUUUUUUUAUUUAGUUUUCUUGUUAGAUGAUUGAAAUUGAAGAGUAGAGAGCAAAAUGUAUUUCUAGUUUGUUAAUGAAAAAAGAACACGAAGGAAAGAUUAAAAAAAAGAUAAAUAAAUAAAAAGAAAGAUGCAGGAGUGAAGAAGAAUAUGAAGAAAAAAACACACAAGAAAUUUGAAAGAGAAGUGUGAAAGCGUUUGAUAAAGAAGAAGAAGAAGAAGAAGAAGAAGAAGAAGAAGAAGAAGAAGAAGAAGAAGAAAAGAUGGAGGAAAAUUGAGUUUGUGUGUGUUUUAUUUGUAUCACGUUGGUGGUGAAGGAUUUUGGAAACUGAAGGAAAGGAAAACUUUGAUAAUAUUAGAAGAGAGAAAGAAGGAAGAAGAAGAAGAAGAAGAAGAAGAAGAAGAAGAAGAAGAAGAAGAAGAAGAAUUUUGAGUUUAUCCACUUAUGGUUUUCAUGUCUAGUUCAAUUUUAUUCUCAGUUUUUUAUUUAUUUAUUUUUUUCUAAGUGGCAAAGUGAAAGAAAAUAGUUUGUGUCAAAAUUAUCAUCUACCUCCGUUUUCUUUAAGUGAGUGGAGACGUAAAGGAAAACGGGACUAGUAUAUUAGUCUUAAAAGUUAAAUUCAUUACGCAUUUAUUUAUUUCUUCAAGUGACAAAGUGAAAAAAAAAAGAAGCUUGUAAAAAAAAGAGAGAGAGAAAAAAAGCUUAAUAUGAACUCAAUAAUUACUUAAAAUUGAGUUGAAAUGUUUAAAGCUUAUAAUUGUUUUCUAAGUGGCAAAGUGAAAGAGAAAUUAAGUUUGUGUUAAAAUUAUCUGCCAAUCUUUUCUUUUUUUUAUUAAGUGUCUUGAAGGGUAGAGAAGAAUGAAUCAAGUUUAUUAUCAUCUUAUUAAAUUUUACGUGAAGUGACGAAGAGAGAAAAAAAAAAAGAAAAUUAAGUUUGUGUUAAAAUUACCUGCUUCUAAUCUUUUCUUUCUUAUUAAAUGUCUUGAAGGGUAGAGAAGAAUGAAUCAAGUUUAUUAUCUUCUUAUUAAAUUUUACGUGAAGUGACGAAGAGAGCGAAAAAAAAAAAAAAGAAAAUUAAGUUUGUGUUAAAAUAAUUACCUAUUUCUGUGUUUUUUUUUAUUUAUUUUUUUAUGAAGUGUCUUGAAGAGUAAAGAAGAAUGAAUCAAGUCUAUUAUCUUAUUAUUUUUUUAUGUGAAGUGACGAAGUGAAAAAAAAAAAUUCAAGUUUGUGUCAAAAUUUAUGAUUUCAUGUGAAAAUUUAUUGAUUCUAUUUACAGUGUUAAAAUAAUUGAAAAAAACAAACAAAAAACAACAACACUAACUGGACACCAAAACUGAACAAGUGAACAGUGAGGAGAGAAGAAAGCCACCUUACAUUUUCUUUACAGUUCUACCAAAGAAAACGAGAAUCAAAAGGCUGACUUGUAUAUUUUUUUUUAACAUUUUCAACACCAUUUUCUUUAGUCCUCCUAAAGAAAACGAGACACUGGAAUGAGAGACUUAAAUGUUUUUGAAUAUUACUAACGGACACUCCAUUUUCUAUACACUUACUGAAGAAAACGUGAGAAUCAAAGGGUGACUAUUGUGAUGUGACGUGUUUUGAAUUUCUUUGGUAUUUCUUCAACGAACUUUUAAAAUGAAAGAAAACGAGAUGGAAGAGACGAAGAAAACGUGAGAAUCAAAGGGUGACUAUUGUAUUUUGAUGUAUUUUGUAUCAUGCAUUCUCCUUGAUAUAUUUCUCCAACGAAUUUUUAAAAUGAAAGAAAACGAGGUGGACUGGACAUGAAAGCAACGAAAACGGGGAUCUGAAUGCAAGGUUAACUCGUCUAAAAAAAUAUAUUUAUCUUACUUUGAUGUACUGUGUGUGUGUGUGUGUGUGUGUGUGUGUGUGUGUGUGUGUGUGUGUAAGGUUGUCAAAAGAGAGCAAAAACGAAUGAAAAAACACGAAAAAACAUGAAACAAGUGCAAAAAACUGCCUCAAAAGGUCCUUAAUUUUUUAAAACACUCAAUUCACUGUACGUGUCUGUGUUUGUCUGUUUGUCUGUCUGUCUGUCUGUCUGUCUGUCUGUAUGUCUGUGUGUGUGUGUAAAAGUUUGCCUAAGUAUGAAAGACUGAAAGAAAACACACACAAAAAAAGAAAAAAAAACUCACGAAAAAAAAACACACACACGAAAAAUUCUGAAAAGAAGUGCAAAACUGCCUCAGAAACCUUAACAUUUCCAAAAACCUUCACUCAAUUCACUAUUAUGCGUUUAGAAGAGCAUUACUACCACCUAUCUCUAUUCUCUUCUUAUCCUUUAUCGCUUUCUCUUCCUUUACGUGGUUCCUAUGUUACGUGCUCACCUGUCAGUCAACCAGGUGAGACACGCAUCGCAAAAAAAAAAUAAAAUAAAAUAAAUAAACAAAUAAAUAAACACUACUAGGUAAACACAGGUAUUUUGUAACGUAGGUUUAAUUAAAGUCGGUUUACUUCUUUUGUAUUUUAAAGUGUGAUGAGGUAUUUAAUAAGUGUUCAGUGUUUUUGCAAUGUUAGAGAGAGGAGAACCACGAGUAUUGAAUGCAGACUAUGGGUGGGUUACGGGUGGGUUAGGGGGGGGGGUGAAUAAAUGAAUAAAUAAAAGGAUAGCUUGGAAUAAACGGAUGAGAGGGAAUAAUGAAGAAAUGAAGGUGAAAUAAGGAGAAGGAAUGGAAGUAGAAGGAAAAGAAUGCAGACUUUAUAAUAAAUGGAUAAAUGGAUAAAUAAAAGGAGAUAGGUUGAAAUGGAAGAAUGAAAGGAAAUGGGGAAAUGAUGGAAGUGAAGUUAAUAAAGAAUGAAUAGUAAUAAUAAAGAAUAUUGACUAAAUUUAAAAUGUGGAAAAAAAUAAAUAAAACAAAACAAGAAAGGUAAAAAUGAAAGAACGAAAGGAAACAUUGAGUAGAAGGAAGGAAAAAGGAGGAAAAAAAUAAAAAUGAUUGUUAAUAAUAGAGAAUACUGAAUAAAAACAUGUACAGAUAAAGAUUAAAAAAGAACGAAAUAAAGAGAAAAAAAAUGAAUAAAAAGAGAAAAUAGAUAGAAAAUGAUUUAAUUAAAGGGAAGAAAAGAGAAAAAAUUAAGCCACAAAGAAAAUGAAAAGAACAAUACGAAAAAAAUAAAAAUAAAUAAAUAAAUAAAUAAAUAAAUACAAUAGGAAUGGAGAGAAAAAAAACAUUAAAAUAUAAAUAAAUAAAUAAAUAAAUAAAUAAAUAAUUCUGAGUCCAAAAUUUAUCGAUUUUUUUCAAUACUUCUACGUUCACAGUUUGUAUUCACCACUAAAGACACUAAACACACACACACAUACACACACACACACACACACACAACAACAACAACAACAAACAAACUAAUUAUAUUUUUUCCAAUAUUUCUUCGUUCAUUCUCUCGUUAUUAAGUAUUUAAAGUUUGCAUUCAUAAUUGAAGGGAGUCGAAACACAAUGAAAUGUAUCCAGUUUUUCAAUAAUUAUCGGUUCAUUCUCUUAUUGCUAAAACUGAACCACAAAUUUAUCAAGCCUUUUUUUCAAUAUUUACUCGUUCAUUCCUUCAGUAUUCAAUGUAAAAAAAUGCGUUUAUGAUUGAAGGGAGUCGAAACACAAUGAAAUGUAUCCAGUUUUUCAAUAAUUAUCGGUUCAUUCUCUUAUUGCUAAAACUGAACCACAAAUUUAUCUAGUCCUUUUCUCAAUAUUCCUCCAUUCAUUGCACCAUUAAUGAACGUUCACAAAAAGCAUUCAUAGCUGAAGUCGAAACACAGUGAAGUACAUCCAGUUUUUCACUAAUUCUUCGUUCACUCAUUACCAAACAAUGCCAAGAAUUUACGGCCUUUUUUUUUUUUUUUCAAUAUUCCUUCGUUCAUUCUCUCCAAAGUUUGCAUUCACAGUUCAACAAAAGGUAGAAACACAAUGAAAGUUUGUAUUCAGUGAACUUUUUUUUUUUUCAUAUCACUUCGUUCACUUGUCAAUGUUUUUCACCAGCCAUUACAUUAAGCAAAAAAAACGAGAGAGAGAGAGAGAGAGAGAGAGAGAGAGAGAGAGAGAGAGAGAGAGAGAGAGAGAAAAAAAAAUGUUAGUCUGCUUUUUUAUAUUCGUGGUUUUUCUCUGAACAAUGAAAAUUAAGACAUACAGACAGACAGACAGACAGACAGACAGACAUACAGACAGGAAAAUAUUUGUACUUAUGCAUAUACCCUGUCUGUCUGUCUGUCUGUCUGUCUGUCUGUCUGUCUAUAUAUAUAUUUUAGGUUACCGUUAUUUUUGUAAGAGAUGAAAUUAACCCUUUUUUUUUUUUCUUAACGAGGCAAAAAAAAAAAAAAAAAAUGAAAGUUUUGUACCUUAAAAAUUUCAGAAGGGAAGGAAAAAAUAAACAAAAGAAACGAAGGAAAUUUUUUGAGAUUUUGUAUAAAGAAUGAAGGAAGAACAUAGAGAAAAAAAAAAAAAAACAUGAAAUACGAAAGGAGGAAGAGGUGAUAAAAGAGAAGGAAGUUUGAGAUUUUGUAUAAAGAGGGAUGGAAGAAUAAAGGAAAUGAGAUAGAUGGAAGGAAACAAAGGGGAAAGGGGAGAUAAAUACCGUACAUAGGAGAUAAUUCGAUGAAAUAAAGGAAAAUGCGCAAAAAUACAAAUAAAAUGAGGAAAAAAAAGGAAAAAAAGGAACUGAGAUAGAAAAAAGGAGGAAGAGAGAAAGAAAAGAAGAUAAAACACCGUAAAUAUGAAAAAAAAUCGAUAAAAUAAGAAAAAAAUAAAUUGAAUAAAGAUGUGAAAGAAAAAUAAAGAAAAAUUCGUUCAUACAUAAAAAAAAACGAAAAUUUCUGGACAAAUAGAAAAAAAUAAUGAAAAAAAUACAAAAAUCAAGAAUCCCAUUUUCUUUCGCACUUGAAGGGGGCACUGAUGUAUUCCUCAAUCUCAUAGAAAACGACGGGCGGGACACUGAAGGAAAAGAGAAACAAAGAGAAAAAAAAUAAAAGAAAGAAAACAGGCAUAAAUGAAAAAAAAAGCGAAGAAGGAGAAAGAAGGGAGGAAAACAAACAAACAAACAAACAAACAAACAAACAAAAAAUGGGGAAAUAAGGGGAAACUUAACGAAAACCAAAAAAGACCCAUUCAGUCUCACUCAGCCCUACUCAAUCUUAAUCUAAUCCAGUUUCUUUCAGUCACUUAGCCCCAUUUAGCCCUUCUCAGCCCUCCCAAGCCUGUAUCCACAAUGUAGCCCCAUUCAGUCACUCUCAGAUCUGCCAAGCUUAUAUUUGUUCUCAUUCCAGCCCCAUCUAGCCCCUAAAAGCCCUUCCACGCCCUUAUUUACGUUAAUUCAGCCCCAUCAGCCCCCUUUAUUUACUCAGAAUCUACCCCUAUUCAACCCCUUUUUAGCCCCCAGCUCAUAAAAUCCUGCUAGCUCCUUUUAAAGAUAUAUUUAGUCUCGAUUUAUUCCAUUCUAGCCCCAUAUAUCCAAUUCAGCCCCAUCUUAGCCGCCUGCAAAGCAAUAUACACCCCUGAAUGAGCUCUUUCAGUCCCUCAGCCCUUCACGGAAUCUUUCAAACAUAUUUAUUGUGAGUUAAGCUUAUUCUAGCCCCUGCCACAGCCCCUCUAAGGCCUCAUACACUUCUCAGAUCAGCCCCUGAGACAUAUCUAGCCUGAGUUAAGCCUGGUCUAGUCCCCAAAAAAGCAAAUUAAUCCCCAAUCAGCCCCAGUCAGCCCCCCAGUCAGCCCCCCAAUCAGCCCCCAGUCAGCCCCCAGUCAGCCCCCGCCCCCCCCUCUCUCAAACGGCCUACAACACAACUCAGGGCAGCUUUCUCGUCUUGAAGGAGUCAUGGUAGCCCCCCUACCCCCCCCUUCAACACCUGCUACCUGAGUCACAACGUUAAGGAUUCACCUGUAACUACCUACCACUGCUGCUACUACUGCUACUACUACUACUACUACUACUACUACUACUACUACUACUAUUGCUGCUAUUUCUACUGUUGAUUUAUUUUUUUCUUUCACUACUACUACUACUACUACUACUACUGCUACUACUACUACUACUUGUGACAAUCCAUGUGUUUCUUGGGGACACACACACACACACACACACACACACACACACACACACAUAUAUACACACCCUAACACACAUGCAAACCAGAAAACAUGAACACACACACACACACACACACACACACACACACACACACACACACACACACACA